AUGGAAAGUCAGAGGAACAUUUCAGAAUUUAUUCUUUUGGGACUUUCCUGUAACCAGAACAUACAAAUAUUUUGCUUUGUAUUCUUCUUACUUGGUUAUGUUGCCAUCUUGGUGGGAAACCUUCUGAUUCUUACCUCUAUUCGACACAGUGCCCUUUUUCACCAGCCCAUGUAUUAUUUCCUCAGCCAUUUAUCCUUUAUGGGCAUCUGCUAUACCUCCUGUGUGACACCCAAACUGAUCAGAGACUUGCCUCUUGGAAGAAAAUCCAUCUCCUAUAGUAAUUGCAUGUUGCAGAUCUUUUCCAUACACUUCUUUGGCAUCAUUGAGGUCUUCAUCCUCACAGUCAUGGCCUUUGAUCGUUGUGUUGCCAUCUGCAAACCUCUCCAUUACAUGAUUAUCAUGAACAGGACAAGGUGCAAUCUCCUAGUCUUGGCUGCUUGGACUGGUGGAGCCAUUCAUUCAUUUUCUCAGUUUUCUAUGAUAAUUCAUUUGCCCUUCUGUGGCCCCAAUGAAAUAGAUCACUACUAUUGUGAUAUUUUUCCUUUGCUGAAAGUUGCCUGUACUGAUACAUACAUCACUGGUGUCCUUGUGGUUGCCAAUUCAGGAAUGGUUGCCUUCGUAACCUUUGUUCUCUUGUUUGGGUCUUAUGUCAUUAUAUUAUUCACCUUAAGAAAUCAGUCAGCAGAGGGAAGAUGCAAAGCGCUGUCUACCUGUGGGUCUCAUAUCACUGUGGUUGUCUUAUUUUUUGGGCCUUCAAUCUUUGCCUACCUCAGACCCCCUGCUACUUACCCUGAGGACAAAAUAUUUGCUCUAUUUUAUACCAUCAUUGCUCCUAUGUUCAAUCCAUUAAUCUAUACCCUGAGAAAUACAGAGAUGACAAAGGCCAUGAGAAAGGUUUGGUGUGAAAAGAUAUUUUCAGAAGAAAAACAUAAUUGA